AUGCCAGCUGCUGCAGUGAAGCCCCCUCCAGAGGGCAUGGUGGCGGAGGGAGGGGGCGAAGGAGAGUGUGGCAUGCCCCAGUGGGAAGCCUCCGCCCUGGGUCGGGAGCGGCUGCCUCUGCCCUCUCUGAAGGUACCCAGGGAACUGCUGCGGAGCUUCCCCCACUCCAAACGGGUGGGAUCCUACCUGGUGGGGAAAAUGAUCAACAAGGGGUCAUUUGCCAAAGUGAUGGAGGGGCUACACAUCGGCACGGGGGAAAAGGUGGCCAUUAAAGUGAUUGACAAGAAGAAAGCACGUCAGGACUCGUAUGUGCUGAAGAACAUGAAGAGAGAACCUCGAAUUCAUCAGAUGGUGCGACAUCCUCACAUCGUCAUUCUGCUAGAGACCCUGGAGACAGAGAACAGCUACUACAUGGCCAUGGAGCUCUGUGCUGGAGGAGACCUGAUGGACAGGAUCUGUGAGAGGAAGAGGCUGGAGGAGAGGGAGGUGCGGCGCUACACCCGACAGAUUCUCUCUGCAGUGGAACACCUGCAUAAACACGGGAUUGUACAUAGAGAUUUAAAGAUUGAAAACUUCCUGCUGGACGAACAUAACAACAUAAAGAUUGUGGACUUUGGCCUGAGUAACACUCUGAAGGCUGAAUCUUUGUCUCUGGAGCUUCUCAACACCCAGUGUGGAAGUCCUGCCUACGCCGCCCCUGAGCUGCUCGCUCACAGGAAGUAUGGACCCAAAGUGGACGUCUGGUCUGUGGGUGUGAGCAUGUUUGCCAUGCUGACAGGGACCCUGCCCUUCACUGUUGAGCCUUUCAACAUCAAACAGCUGCACCAGAAGAUGGUCAACGGAGAGAUCAGCAGCAUCCCUGGUGAUGUCAGCAAAGGUGCCGCGUCGUUUGUGUUGUCUCUCUUGGAGCCAGACCCAUCUAAGAGACCCAGUGUCAGAGCUGCGAUGGAGGAGAGAUGGAUCAAUGAGGGAUAUGCCAAGAAACCACUACACACACUCUCACAUAAAAACAGGUUGUGUCCAGAGGAUCUCAACUCGUCUGUACUGGCCUACAUGACAGAGACGCUGGGCUUUUCUCUCUCUGAAAUCAUACACACUCUCACCACCAACCGACCCUCUACCAUCAUGGCCUCCUAUCAUCUGCUGCUCAACAAGCUCAACAGGAGCCAAAAAGGAGCCAAAGCCAGCAAGAAGCUGGAGAGCAAUGACUGGAGUCUUCCCAGUAAGAACACCUGGAGGGAGAGGAAUAACACUGAAGCAAAGACUCAGCACCAGAACGAACCAACUAAUGAAAAAGUCUCCAAGCAGCCCAGCAGACCUCUGAAGGCCCAACAGAUAACUGAAUAUCAAAGCAGCAGGAAGAGACCCGAGCGCCCGCACAAAAAAGACCAGCAAGAGGACGAUGAAAACAGUCCCCCGUCUCCCUCUUUACCCCAGCUUCCUCACUCAGCCUCCCCCUCUCUACCACCUCGCCUCCCGUCUCCUUCCCCCGCCCCGCUGUCAGCAGAGGAUGGGGCCACUGAUGAGGAGAUUGCCAUCACCUUGGACACCAGAGAGGCUCUGUUUCCUGAGGUGUCCGUGUUUGGAGACAGAGAACUCGUCCACCUUUCUCCACCUAAAAGCUCUGCAUCUCAACUCUGUGACUCUGCCCCUUGCCAAGUGCCCUUACCCGCUGAGCCAAACAGAGACAGCAGCACGUCGAGACCGAUCCGACACACACACCUGCUCAGGACAACUCAAUCUGAUGGUGCAGCAGACCCAGGGUCAGACUGCUUCCAUGACAACCGCCACCAGGAUGAUCAUUCUCAUCACCUGAGCAUCAACGAGCGUCUGGAGAAGCUGCAGACGUUCUACUCGUCAGAGAAGAACGGUAUCUCUCCCAGGAUGCUCCUGGAGGCUGACACACACACCACGCACUCCUCGGACAGAGAUCAUUUGGGUACCAUGGAGUCGACACAGACAUCACCCUCUGCCCCCCUGCCCCGCCUACGCAACGUGGGGCUCAAAGACGGACGGAGCAGAAAGAUGACAUGGGUAGGGUUGACCCGACCUGGGGCCCCAGGACUCCUGGUGAAUGGGUCCAAACCUCCUGCAUUCCCCUCACAGAGACAACACACUUUGGUUAUCAAGAGCCUCAGGCAGGAGAGGGGGAAGAGAAGGGAGCUGUCAGCAGCAGGAGGAGGAGAAAGAGUGACAGCAGGAGGAGGCAUGAAUGGAGCCAAGAGGAACUCAGUACAGUUACGUUCAUCUCUCCAGCGUCGGGUGGCGAACCUGAAUCUGCCACUGCUUCCUGCAGCCCUGCAGGGAAAAACAGACAGGAAGAACCAGCUACACAGCAUGGAAUACUGA